CAAUAAAAUCCAGUCUAAAAUGUAGAGCGUGAAAUCAAGUCAUCAUUUGCUUAGUGUUGCCCAUAACCUCCAGUUCAGUGCUGGAUUUACAUAUAAGCUAAACAAGCUAUAGCUUAGGGCCCCGCUCUCCUGGGGCCCCCAAAAAAAUUUAAAGGAAAAACAACAACUGGAUGUACAUUUCCAAAAUAUAAGAAAAAACAAAUAAAAUAAAACCUACAUACAGCAACAGUGUUUUGUGUUGUGUAAGCUCCUAUUUGUUAUGUGCAAAUGGCUUUAGAUACUGUACCUAUUAGGUCUGUAAAAUACCAUAUAGCAAAAAACAGCAACAAUUUGUUGUUGACCAAGGACAGCUGGACAUAUAAAGGGCCCCAUUACCUUCAGUAGCUUAGGGCCUCAUCAGACCUAAAUCCUGGAGUUUGGCCAAUGGGACCUGCUGCUUGUUCUUCCAGAGGCUGCGAUCUGUCUGAGCUGCUGUGGCUGCUGGUGGCAAUGGAGCAGUAUGUGCUGCUGGAUCCCCGGCAGAAGGCCUUGUACCACGAUGUCAUGCAGGAGAGCUACGAGACGCUGAUGGCACUUGAAUUUCCACUGUCCAAGCCUGACUUGCUAUCCCGAUUGGAACAAGGAGAUGAGGCGACAUCCUUUGAGCUGCAGGACCCGGGAGUCGUCCUUCCAGCUAUCGGUGGCAACAUGGAGGAAGAGAAUCCUCCUGCACAGAAGGACCCCGAGGAGGUGGAGCCGGCAGCAAAAGACUCCGAGAGUCCCAAGGGGGUUGAUCUGAGCAGUAGCAUCCUGGCUGAGAGCCCCCUGCCCCCCUCUUCGCCUUCAUCCCUGCCUCCUCCCCCUCCUCCUGCCGCUCUCCACAACCCCAACAACUGCCUCCAGUGUGGCAAAACCUUCAGCCACAAGUCCGCCUUGGUGAAACACCAGAAGAUCCACACGGGAGAGAAGCCCUACGAGUGCGAGGAGUGUGGGAAGGGCUUCAUCCAGCGCUCCGACCUGACGAUCCACCAGAGAACCCACACAGGGGAGCGGCCGUACCGCUGCCCCGACUGCGGGAAGAGCUUCAGCGUCAGCUCCACGCUGCUGACCCACCAGCGGACCCACGCGCCGGGGGGAGAGAAGCCCAACCGCUGCCCCGACUGUGGGAAGUGCUUCAGCGAGCCGGCGGCCCUGGAGCGGCACCGCAAGAGCCACACGGGAGAGAAGCCCCACGAGUGUGCCGACUGCGGGAAGAGCUUCGCCUGGAGCUCCCACCUGGAGAGGCACCGCCGGAUCCACACAGGCGAGAAGCCCUACAAGUGCCCUGAGUGCGGGCGGGCGUUCGCCUGGAGCUCGCACCUGGAUCGCCACAGGCGAACGCACGCCGGGGCAGCUCUGCCCGAGGAGGCGCCGCCCUCAAAAUGCGCAGAUUGCGGCAAGCGGGUCAACCACAUCACUCAGCCUCAGCGCUUCAAGCAUAAAGCCACUCAGACGCCUCUGGAGCACGAGGAGGAGGAGGAGGAGGAGGCUGAGGGCGAGGCCGAGGUGCGGCCCUAUCCGUGCACAAUCUGCGGGAAGCGCUUCAGCCAGAGCUCCAACCUGCUCAAACACCAGCGCGUCCACACAGGGGAAAAGCCCUACCAGUGCCCGGAAUGUGGGCGGCGGUUUAGCUGGUGCUCUGCCCUCCUCAAGCACCAACGCGCCCACAGCAACAACGGGCCGCAUUCCUGCCCAGAGUGCGCCCGCAGCUUCCUGGACCCUGCCUCUCUGGCCAAACACCAGCUCAGCCACACCGGCGGGAAGCCUCACCAGUGUCCGGACUGCAACAAAAGCUUUGGGUGGAGCUCGCACUUGGAGAGGCACCGGCGGAUCCACACCGGGGAGAAGCCCUACGAGUGCGGGGACUGCGGCCGGGGGUUCACGGUGGGCUCCCACUUGGAGAGGCACCGGCGGAUCCACACCAGGGCCCGGCCCCACGGCUGCGGGGAGUGCGGCAAGACCUUUGCUGUCGGUGCCACACUGGCCACCCACCGGCGCCUCCACGAUGCCAAGGCCAAGCCCCACCGGUGCCCCGAAUGCGGGAAAGGGUUCAGCAGCGCGGCGGUGCUUGAACGUCACCGCCGGUUGCACCGUGGAGAGAAACCCUACCAGUGCGAUGUCUGCGGCAAGGGCUUUGCUUGGAGCUCGCACUUCGACCGCCACCGGCUCUCGCACACCGGAGAGAAGCCCUUUCCGUGCGCCUACUGCGGGAAGUGCUUCGGCCGCAGCUCCCACCGCAACCGGCACCAGCGUGCUCACGCGGUCUCCGAUGACCAAUGCCGGCUGCAGAACAACCAAGACGAUGCAUUGCAGGCAACGGCCGUGCCCGAAUGGUGGGAAGGUGAAGGUGAAAGGAGGGUCCCGCUGGAGCAGCAGGAAGUUUGGUCGUCUCCGCUAGAUCCCGUUGGCCCUUUCCAGUGGGUAGCCAAAUCUCCUGGCGAUGCAUGGAGGACCUUAGGGGGAAACGGUUUGGGGCAAGAGGCCGAGAGUUUGACAGCCCCAGCCAGAAGCUGGAAUCAGCCAGCUGCUCACAUGCCCACUACUAACCCCCCUUGAUCGAUUCUGUGCAAAUCUCACUCCCAUUUUGCUGCCUCUUCUGCUGUUCACACACACAAACACUUCCCCCUUACCCAGUAAACCAACUGUAGCUGGCUGGAAAGACAGGUUCGUAUCUGCCUUGCCUCCACACACCUCCAUGGGCCAAAUUUGAUGGGUGAGCAGGGCCCACAUCGUGUAAGGUGCGGUGCUUUGAAGGCCCAGCACUCAGUUGAUUGUCGGCACGUCAAAGCACCACACAGAGCUCUUUGCAAGGGACCCUGUGCUGUGCUUUGAGGUCCUGCCAACCAACUGAUCUUUGCUGCUUCGGAAGGCGUUUUUGGCCCUACCCAGCUGUCUUUUUAUGUGCCUGCACGUUACAUCAUAUAUGACACCUGGUGAUUGGCAGGUGGGUGUGGCUUGGCUAAAGUCCCUUACCCCUAGUUAAAGAGCUGAAGUUGGGCUGAGAAGCCAAAGUUGCGUGACACAAGGAAGGAAGUGGGACCCACUGAAUUGUUCGUAUUGCAAGUUCAGGUUCUGGUUGCCAAGGGGGUCUCAUUGGACUCAGCUGUCUCAGAGUGGCAGAGGCUGGAAACAUGUCAUGUCUAACUUUGAGAAUGAGCCUCUCCCUCCACAGAUUAAACCACUGGCACCCUAGAAUGAAGAAGGUCCAAGAGGACACAAGUAAAUUAAAAAUAGGAGUACAGUGGUAUCUUGGUUCUCAAACUUAAUCCAUUCUGGAAAUCCGUUCCAAAACCAAGGCAUGCUUUCCCAUAGAAAUGCAAAAUGGAUUAAUCCAUUCCAGACUUUUAAAACAACCCCUAAAACAGCAAUUUAACAUGAAUUUUACUCUCUAACAAGACCAUUGAUCCAUAAAAUGAAAGCAAUAAUCAAUGUACCGUACUAUAAAAUAAAUAAGACAGUAUUGUAGAUGAUAAAAAUUAAAAUUAUUUUUUCCCCUUACCUGCACUGAUGAUAGCCAUUGUUUAGAUGGGGGGCUUUUAUCCAUUUCCGCAGCCACCCAAUCAGUAAGCUGAACUGAGUUCUACAUAAUUUUUUUAAAAAAAUUCCUUCCAGUAGCACCUUAGAGAGCAACUGAGUUUGUCAUAGGUAUGAGCUUUCGUGUGCAUGCACACUUCUUCAGAUACGUUCCACAUAGUCACAGAGUUCCACAUAGUCACAAAAACAAAAACGCAAAACAAAUGGUAAAAACAAAAGUGCCAGACUUAAUUCGUUUCGGAAGUCUGUUUGAAUUAAGUCUGGCACUUUUGUUUUUACCAUUUGUUUUGCGUUUUUGUUUUUGAGGCUUUUUCGGAAGUCUGUUUGACUUCCGAAAUGUUCAAAAACCAAGGCACAGCUUCUGAUUGGUGCAGGCGCCCUGGAAACAGCCGCAUCGGACGUUCGGCUUCCAAAAAACAUUCGAAAACCGGAACACUUACUUCUGUGUUUUCGGCAUUUGGGAACCAAGCGGUUUGAGUACCAAGGCGUUUGAGAACCAAGGUACCACUGUAUUGCUAACUGGGUCAUACCUCUGAGGGAGGGACCCAUCAGAGGGAGAUGUGCUCCUUCCCUUUCCAUACAUUUAAAGCACUAUGAUGCCGCAAUCCUCAUAAGCCAUCACCUGGCCAGGCAGCUUGCCGUUCCAAUGAGCAGCCAUCUUGGAAUAAACCCUCAGAAGCAGCUAAUCCCCAAAGCAGAAAUUGCUAAUCCCCAAAGCAGAAAUUGACGUAGGGUGGGUUUGAUUCGGUUUUUAAAUAAUCCGUAUGUGGAAUGAUGCCUGCAAAUGGAUAUACACACAAAGGUUUUGUGUGAGCAGUAAAAAAGAAAUUACCCAGAGCAGUGUGCCUGCACAUUGCAUGCUGAGAAGCACUAUUGUUUUUUUAAGACCAAUUUUGUUUUGUUGUUCUUUAGCCCUAGUGGUGUCGGAGAAGUAAUUUGGAAAUCUGUGAGCAGGGAGUAGGUGAAAGCGUGGUAUGGAGCCCUGAGUGUUUCAACGAUGCUGUGUGUAUAUUCAGCACCGCUGCAAAAAGGUUUGGUUUAGGUGUAGAAUCCCGCCUCAUAAAUUCAGCUUUCAUUUAAAAGCAAGCCAACGUUCUAGUCUUCGUGCUGUGCGGCAAUGAGACAGAACUGGGCAUCUUUACAAGAGACAAGUUUUCCAGGGGUUGGAGGGUGAUGCUGGAAGGUUGUUCAACUCCCGUUCCAUUGCUCCUGCCCACAAAUAGCAGAAACUGAAUAUUGUGUAGAGCAGCAGCAGCAGCAGGAGGAGGAGGAGGAGUUUGGAUUUGAUAUCCUGCUUUAUCACUACCCUAAGGAGUCUCAAAGCAGCUAACAUUCUCCUUUCCCUUCCUCCCCCACAACAAACACUCUGUGAGGUGAGUGAGGCUGAGAGACUACAGAGAAGUGUGACUAGCCCAAGGUCACCCAGCAGCUGCAGGUGGAGGAGCGGGGAAGUGAACCCGGUUCACCAGAUUAUGAGUCCACUGCUCUUAACAGUGUUAACAGUGUUAACAAUGAGUCAACAGUGUGAUGCAGCAGCUACAAAAGCCAAUGCAAUUCUGGGCUGCAUCAAUAGGAGUAUAGCGUCUAGAUCAAGGGAAGUAAUAGUACCACUGUAUUCCGCUCUGGUCACACCUCACCUGGAGUACUGUGUCCAGUUCUGGGCACCACAGUUCAAGAAGGAUACUGACAAGCUGGAACGUGUCCAGGGGAGGGCAACCAAAAUGGUCAAAGGCCUGGAAAUGAUGCCUUAUGAGGAACAGCUGAGGGAGCUGGGUAUGUUUAGCCUGGAGAAGAGAAGGUUAAGGGGUGAUAUGAUAGCCAUGUUCAAAUAUAUAAAAGGAUGUCAUAUAGAAGAGGGUGAAAGGUUGUUUUCUACUGCUCCAGAGAAGCAGACACGGAGCAAUGGAUUCAAACUACAAGAAAGAAGAUUCCACCUAAACAUUAGGAAGAACUUCCUGACAGUAAGAGCUGUACAACAGUGGAACUUGCUGCCAAGGAGUGUGGUGGAGUCGCCUUCUUUAGCGGUCUUUAAGCGGAGGCUUGACAGCCACCUGUCAGGAAUGCUUUGGUGGUGUUUCCUGCUUGGCAGGGGGUUGGACUGGAUGACCCUUGUGGUCUCUUCCAACUCUAUGAUUCUAACCACUACACUACACUGGCUUGUGACCCUCCAAAUGGUGUCCCAUCUCCCAUCACUCCUGAUCACUGACUGUGAUGACUGGCGUCAGUUCAAAACCAGCAAUUCAAAAUCAGUUCCAUUUAUGUACCGCGUCGCACAAAAGGAGUCCUGAAGCAACUUACAAGAAUCCAAAGUUGAUGGGAGUUCAACAACAGCUGGAGAAGCACAGGUCUCCUAUUCCGGAUUUUAAUUGGAAGAAGCAAGUUAAAGGAAUGAUUAGCUGAGUAUGGUUAUGAUUUGCCUCUUAAUUAAAUCUACAUAGAUUUUCCCAUGCGAGAAAAGAUAAACAUAAGCUUUGUUUUUAGAUCUCUCACACAAAGCAGGCAUCAACUAGGAAGAGGUUUUCUGUCACACUCAGGAGGAAAAUGCCUCUGCUUCCUGUUCUUGCCACCUGCAGUUUCAAUAAUGAUUUUUAUUUUUAAAAGUUUUGAUGUUGUGUUGUUUUUUUAAAAACCACCUGCUGAUUUAUUAUCAGGACACCAUUUGGAUAAAAAAAAUUUUUUAGAGAGAGAGACAGCGUGGUGUAAUGGUUCAUGUCGGACUUGGACCUGAGAGACCAGGGUUCAAAUCCCACUCAGGCAUGAAGCUCACUGGGUGACCAGUCGCUGUCUCUCAGCCUCCCUUACAGGAUCAUUGUGAAGCUAAAAUGGGGAGAGAGAAAACCUUGUGUUUUCGUGGGAGAGGUGGGAUAAACCUGUAAUAAAAUAAUGCAAAUUGUCCAGCAAAUGUGCAGUGUAAUUUUAACCGUGUCUUCUCAAAAGUAUACCUCAUUUACAUCAAUACCUCAUUUACAUCAAAAGUAUACCUCAUUUACAUCAAUGGGAACUUGCUCACAGGUAAAUGUGCAUUGGAUUGCAACCCAAAUCAGCUCACGCGAUGCCCCUAACAUGCAUACUUUUACACAGGUGACAGAAUCUCGCUGUUCUUGGCAAGAGUUGGGAUGACCUUCAUGCAAAACUUUAAAUACAUCUAACUUUAAUAUUUAUUCUUUUUUUGUAAGCACAGCCUGGGCUAUAACUUUCCACCAGCUGCCACACCCUUCCUGUUUGAAUCUUCCCCUUUUCUCUGUUCCAUGUCCUUCCAGCCAUCUUUUUCGAUUCUUCCCCUUGUGAACAAUUGUUUUAAAUCUGAACCUUGAAAGCAGAAUAAAUGUGUUUGUAUGCCAACGUUGCUUGAUUUGCAGGAUUUUGAUUGCAGAAUUCCUGGUAGCUGAAACAGAAUUUUCUAUUACCCACACCUUUUUAAAGAUUCGAUCUACACCACAGGUCUGCUACCGUCUGACCUUUACGCCCAUGCAAGUCCAUAAAAUGCAACUCACCCAAGGUUUAAGGACUAGUGAGUGAUGCAUAAGACCCAUUCAGACAGUUCCUGCCCAGAGACAGCCCCUGGCA